GAAGGUGAUUCUAGGAUCAAUAUGUCUAUGUUUGGCUUUUUCUAUGUAUUGCAAUGGACAUGAUAUAAGUCCACAUAUUCAAGGCAUGCUAGAGAAGUUUUUCAAAACCAAGAAAGUCCUUUGGAAGCCGAGUAAAUCGCAUAUUAAAUCUAUGAUUCCUGUUGACCUUAAGGUCGAAGUGUUGUCUACCUAUGAAAUGAAGGGAGUUACUGACAAACAUCGUAUAUCACGAAAAGCAAAAGACUGUUCAGGAAUAUUGAAUGCAAAUCCAAAAAGAAAAAGAAAAGAUGGUGUUUAUGUGAUUUACCCAGAUGGACACACCCGGAAGGAAGUGUUCUGUGACAUGACGACAGAGGGAGGAGGGUGGACAGUUAUUCAAAGGCGAAAAGAUGGAUCGACUGAUUUUUACAGAACAUGGAAAGAAUACAAGCAUGGAUUUGGAGAUCCUUCCAAAAAUUACUGGAUUGGAAAUGAUGUCAUUAACAUACUCACCAACGGUACACCGCAGCUUCUCCGUGUUGAUCUGCAAAGAUUUAAUGGUGAAAAGGGAUACGCCAAAUAUUCCAGAUUCUCUGUGGACAACGAAAGCAACAAAUAUAAGUUGAAUGUGUCGGGCUUCUCCGGUACAAUAGGAGAUGCUCUGAAAUAUCAGAACAACAUGAAGUUCACCACCAAAGAUCAAGAUAACGAUAGACAUGGCGGUAAUAAUUGCGCACAGGCAUUUCAUGGAGCUUGGUGGUAUGAUGCUUGUCAUGGUUCAAAUCUUAACGGACUCUAUACAGGUUCUGCUGUAAUAUCUUCAGAACAUCCUGUCUGGUAUUACUGGAAAGGCAAACACGAAGCAUUGAAAAGGACACAGAUGAUGAUACGUCCAAAAAAUAAGUGAAUUAAAUGAUAUCUAUCAAAGGUUAAAUUCAUUCAAUUGUAUAAUAAAGCCUUUCAAGGAAAAAAA